AUGGCCAAAUUCAUCAGCUUUGGAGUUGCUCUGCUGGCGGUAGCAGUCGCUUCCGUUCUAGCCGAAGAUGUCGAGCAACCGGCGGGCAUCGAAUCCCGGAUUGAGAUUGUGGAAGACAUCGCCGCCUUCAAGGCGGCCCACCCGGACCUGGAGCUGGUUCCGAUGGAAGUUUCCCGAAGCCCACGGCAGCAGAUUGUUUACACCCUAGGAGGACGGGUUUCUGGUGACCGGCUGGUUGGAACCAGUCAGGACAGCCAGUCCUGGAGUACUCCGCAGGAUGUCACUCUAACGCUGAGCUAUCCCCAGUCCGGAACUGGAGCAGUAGUCAGUUACGUUCAGGUUGUGGUGAAUCAAAGUUCUAGCUUGGGACAGGGAUAUGUCGUUGCCGGAGGAAUCGGUCAGCGGUACAUUCAAAUGGUUAUUGUGGCAUACAAUACGACCUUCUUUAAUUAUGUUGCCCAAAUCUACGGCGUGUGA